AUGCAAAUCAGCCAGGUCAGCGUUCCUACUUUCGAUGGGAGCAACCCAUUUGCCGGGAUUUCUGGCUCCAAGGCCUUCAUUCUUUAUGAUGACGUCUGCAAGCGCACCGGUGUCUACUCCCCUGAUGAAGAGGGCAAUGACUGCGGUAUUCCUUAUGUUAUCGAAGAAGAGUGGCUGUCGGAUAAACUCACUGUUACCAACAUCAACUGGGAUGUCGCCGCCCCUUACUUCAAAUUCAAAUACGCCGACAACGAGUAUCAAACCGGGCAGGAUUGGAAUAUCUGCAGUGAUAUCAGCUCGGGCUUGCGUGCAGAGCAGGCCUGCCAGGCUACUUUCUCCAACUGGGUGGAGUAG